CCGCGACCCAGUCCAGAGCCAGUACGUGCGAAGCAGCACGCACGCUGCUGGUCCGCGUACGCGAGACGACGGUCAGGUCGGCCGGUGCUUUUCAGUUUGGAAUAAUGACGGCGACGACGACGACAGCCGCCGGCGGCGGCAAGGUGCAGCCGCGCGGCCUGCCCGCGGCGCUGUCCCUGCUGCUGCUCCUGGUGUUGGCAGCGGGGCUGGGCGGUGGCGCCGAGGCGCAGCAGACGUGCGCGGGGCAGCUGCGCGGGCUGGCCCCCUGCUUGCGCUACAGCGUGCCACCCUUGCCGGGGCAGGUUCCGCCGGCGCCCGGGCCGGAGUGCUGCUCCGCGCUGGGGGCCGUGUCCAGGGACUGCGCCUGCGGAACGUUCAGCAUCAUCAACAGCCUGCCGGCCAAGUGCGGCCUCCCGCCAGUCAGCUGCCAGUAAUGAGCUGAUGAUAGCCAGUGCGAUGCACUGGGCAAAAGGCAAGGGAUCCAAACACGCUGAAUAAUAAAAGGCCACCGGCGUCGAGUCGACUCGGUGUCCUCAUUCCGUCAUUCGUAGUGAAUGCUAAAGCAAACUCUUGAGGGUCGCGUGCCCUUUUGCGAUCUUGUACGCACACGACCGGCCUGUGGCUGUGCAAUGUGCAACAUCGCUUUGAUUCAAAGAACCAACAAUAAUACAGAACCCACUCUGCAC